AUGCUAGGGCUUCUGAGGCUAAUAAAAAACAACCUUGCAACUGUUAAACAUGACUUGAGGUAUAAAAGUACCAAGAAGUUUGGCACCUAUCGCCCUUUGCGCCAGGAUUCCUCGGCUAAGAAAGCAGCCCAGGACAGCCUUCAAAGAAUGCACUGGGAACAGCUGGAAAGAAUGAAGUUUCGUAAUCGGAGUGCUGCGUACUACUCUGGCUCUGUGAUCAUGCUUUUUGCUGGGCUCUCUUGUGUCGCCGUGCCAUUCUACCGGUACCUCUGUAAGCGGACAGGAUGGGGAGGUAACCCCAUCACCGAUACCCGUCUCUUCACACCAGAUAAGGUGAUUCCUGUGGAGACAAACAAGAGAAUAAGAGUCAGUUUCACGUGCCAGGCGUCAGGUAUCCUUCCCUGGAAAUUCACGCCACUUCAAAAGGAGGUGUAUAUAGUGCCGGGCGAGACCGCAUUGGUAUUUUACAGAGCGAAAAACUUAUCGAAAGAAGAUAUCGUGGGAAUGGCCACGUACUCCGUGAGUCCCGAUCACGUGGCACCAUACUUCAACAAGAUCCAAUGCUUCUGUUUCGAGGAGCAGAGAUUGGCUGCGGGCGAGGAGGUGGACAUGCCUGUAUUCUUCUUCAUUGACCCGGAUUUUGCAAAAGACUCGGCCAUGCGGAACAUUGAUGAUGUUGUGUUGAACUACUCGUUUUUCAAGGCAUCGCAUCAGGAUGGGUCCUUGUCUCCGGUGCCUGCUGGGUAUAUGGAAUUAAAGGCAGUGGAAGCGUAA